CCGAAUCAGCUACCACCAUGUCGACUUUCUCACUGGACGAGGAAGUACGCCUAUACACCAACAACGCCGACCGCGAGAGAUACAAUCUACUGGCGACGCUUUUUGGCAUAAUAGUGGCUCUGGACUAUCUCGAGAGAGCCUACGUGCGAGACUCGAUAACGGCAGCAGAAUACUCGCCUGCAUGCACUCGCCUAUUGUCCCAAUACAAGACUAUGCUGAAGCUCGUCGGUGAAGAUGUGUCGUCGAUUGAUCAGUUUAUGCAGAGGUAUCGAAUGGACAAUCCAGCAGCUCUUCACCGGAUCCAAGUGGGAGUACCUGCGACGGUCGAGCAUUCAAGUGAAGCUGGUCCGGAGACAGGCAAGUGGGUUGCUGAAACGACGCAGGGCUUUAUUACUCUCAUGGAUGCUCUAAAGCUACGCCUGCGAGCAAAAGACCAAUUGUACCCGUACCUGCAAGAGCUGGUUACUGGCUACGCCCGGUUUAAAGGCAAAGACUCUUGGGAAGGCCAUAGUAAGAUGGUCGGAUGGCUGAUUACACUGAAUGCCAUGAAAGCAUCUGAGGAAAUCACUGAGGAGCAGUCGCGGCAGCUACUAUUUGAUGUCGAAAAUGCAUAUGCAGAGUUCUUCAGGAGUUUGAGUGGUGGGAAGGAUAGUUCCAACUAAAACACACAUGUAGCGUCGUUAACCCAUUACGUAGGUACAUUGUGAAUAGAAAGGUUCUUGGAUGUCAUGGCGAAGACAGCACUCUCCACCAUACGCAGUGUCACCGACGUUUGUGUCGCUAUCAUUA